GAAUCUAAGGUCAUCGUGGACAAGUGCUUGGAGCUGGGAAUCAACUUCUUUGACACUGCGGAGGGAUACAAAAAUUCUGAAUCAGUCCUGGGACGAGCUCUCCUAGGUCGCAGGCAGGAUGCUGUGAUUGCCACAAAAUAUGGCUUCCGGGAAGGUCCUACAACACCACCAUACUCUGCCCAGGACAUAGAACAAGCUGUGGCAAAAUCUCUGCGGAAUCUUCAGACAGACUAUGUUGAUAUCUUACAGAUCCAUUAUCCCAGUUUCAUCAAGGAUGCCAAUGAAACCAUCGCAGAGCUGGAGCGACUGAGGGCUGUGGGAAAGAUUCGAUACUAUGGUUUGUCUAACUUUGGGCCUAAAAACAUUAGGGACUUUUUGGAUGCCGGUGGCAAACCAGUGGUUAACCAGAUUGGCUACAAUCUGCUGUGGCGAUCUCCAGAGCUCGGCAUUAUUCCUGAAUGCAUAAAAAAUGGUAUCAGCGUUCUGGCAUACUCACCACUUCAGCAGGGUCUCCUAACUGGCAAGUUUAAGAAACUCUCGGAUGUUCCUGAAGGCCGAAGGCGGGGUAAACUCUUCUCAAAAGACUCUCAGAUCUGUGAAGAAGCUGGCGUUGAGAUGUCCAAGGCUGCCCUGGCUUGGAUUCUCCAACAGGAUGGAUUGGAUGUGGUCAUUUCUGGAGCCAGCUCAGCACAACAGGUGGUUGAAAACAGCAGAAUUAUCACCCUGGAUAGUGAUGUUGUGCGGAAACUAUCAGAGGUGACGGAGCCCCUGAAGAAGAAAAUUGGCCCAACUUUGGACCAGUGGUCUGCUGUGGAUCGAUGUGAAUAA